AUGGGAAAGCAUGAUCUGGAUGCUUCCGACGAUGACAGCACUGAACCUCCCGGUGACCAGGACUUCCUAGUCGAGGUCAUUACCAAAGCAAGAGUCGCCGGUUAUGGAAUAUUUGAGUACAGAGUCAAAUGGUUUGACUAUACUUCUGAUGACGACACGUGGGAGCCAGAGGAAAAUGUUGCAGAAUGCACCCGCCUGCUAAAGAAUUUCUGGAAAGAAGUCGGAAAACAUAACAAGAAAAAACCAGGUCCUCAAGGUACUGAAUAUUCAGCAUCAGAUCAAUGGAUAAAAAAUGAACGAAGACAUUUCCGUAAAGAAAUGGAGGCAGAAAAGGCCGCAAAUCUUGCUAAACGAAAAGAAAAGGAGCAGAGUAAGAAGACCAAGGUUCCAAAAGUCACCAAAGAAGGUGAUGCUCCGACGACAUCGAGAGCUGCCAAAGAAGCAGAUAUUUUGAAGCUGUUUCCGGACGCCGGAAGUGAUUCAGAAGAUGACGCUCCGACGAUGUCGAAGCCAAGAGCUGGCAAGCAAGCGGAUGUCUCGAAGCAGAUUCCGCGCGUUACAAGUGAUUCAGAAGAUUCAGACUCAGUGCCACUUAGUGUUCAGGUGAAGAGUGUUCCUAAAGUAAAACAGGCAAGUCGACCUACACCGGCACCUUCGAAAGUGACCAAAGUAAAACUGAAGGUGAAUCCUCCACAAAGGCCGACGUUGCAGACGAGUUCUACGGCGCCAAACAAGUACUCGGGAAUGAAAAUCUCAAAGAAACAUGCCGAAGCAACCCGACCCAGUCCCGUGAACUCACCGACGGUACCACCAGGUGAUGCCCCUCCGAUACCCAAGCCGAGAGGUUCAAUACCGACUCCACGAUCAUCCAUACAUUCCCUUGCAAGCCCAAGGGAACCCCCGACUGAUUCAUCCAAACAAUUUCUUCCGCCCCGUCCUCGACCAUCCAUUCCAACUCCAACUCCAACUCCAGCUCCGCCUGCAGACAAUCCCCCGGUUUCGUUAGAAGAUGCAGACAACUUCUUAGCGACAACGCUGACCUUCGAUCAGGUGAGAUCUCAGAAGCCAGAGAACCUUGCUUCAACCCCUACAAUGACGACCACUGCGAUCCCGCCGAACGUCAAAUUUACGAAGAAAUGGAGCUGGUCCGGAGAACUCUUCUUCGACACUUGCAAUGCUGCUGAAAAGUUGUGUAAUGUCACGAUACACGACCCGUGCGAGACUUCGGAAAUCGGUUUCAGACUGAACCAAGUAUUGGACUCGAAAGACUCGCUGCGAUUCAGUAAAGCUUACCGACAGCCAGAGUUGAACAUAAUACUUCGAGGACUAAAGAAAAUGGACCAGAUUGCGAAAAUUUCUCAGCGUGCGGAAGGAGAUAAGGAUGCAUUGGCAGUUUUUAUGAAAUUCUUGGAGAGAAGACGGCUGGUGGGUUCAAUCAAGCUAUCGUACCGUUCUCAUCUAAAUAAUGAUUCCCAGAUUAUCUCAAGUGCUUUCAUGACCAGUUACGGACACGUUGCAGAGGUGAUAGUCUUUCCUUCAACUGACAAGGAUAUGUGCGAGCGCCUCGAUCUUUCACUCCGAUACAAAUCUGCAGAUUGCUUGCUGCUUGCCUUGAUGCCAUGGCAUAUCCCUCCAUCAAAGUACAAUAUCCUGUACCUCAAACCCGAUGAACUGAGAGACUCGGAAUUUGAAAAGGAACUGGACCUGAUACGCAGAGAUUAUCCCCUUGUAACUUCGAGGCCUGGUCUUGAAGAUGCAUUUCGCAUCCUUGGCUUUGAUCUUUCGUUCGUAAAAUUCUUGCCUUCUCGGGACUACUGUAUCUGGACACACCAAGUCGAAUCCAGACCAAUACAACGAGGACGAAGAAUUCCUGGCAUGCGCCCAGAAACCAAAGCUUUACUCGACGUCCUGUCGUUUUUUAAAGCAAAUAAUGUCGGAUACGAUAUCUUAGACGCUCGAAUAGUGUUUGUUCAUGUCGGAUCUGUUCGGAGCAUUCGAAAGUUACCUGGGAUAACGCAACGACGGUUUGAGACGCCGGAAGUACGGUUUGUCACUUAUGGCAGUCAUGAGAAUGUCAAGCCUUCUCUGUGGGGGUUUAGAGAAAUCUAUCCUUUAGGUGGUAUUGUCACCUUCACUGCGACUGCACUGUUGGAGAACCCGCUUCGAGUUGCGGAGUUGAUUGAACAUAUUAACAGGCAUCGCCUAUGGCAAUGCUAUAUGCUUCCCUCUGUGCUGGCCGUGUUUGUCCGUUUGUCUUGCCCGGGUGAAGAUCCAAGUUCCGUUUACGCUAGAGAACCGUUCUUUUUUUCGAGAAUCCUCGAUUUAAUCGAAGACGGGAAGGUAGCAUUGAUGAACAGUCCCAGUUCAAGCAAGGUUCCUCCAUUCGAAGACGAAGGGGAGGACAAUAGAUGGAUCAUAGCACAGCAUGCGACUCUGUCCAAGUCGUCGUUACAGCUUCUUGAAGAAUGCUAUACUACGUUCGUUUCGGACUAUUCGAACAAGGCAGACACAGAGCUAGGACCUACGAUAGAGGCUGAGAUUGUGGAGGACCUCGCGCAGCUUCAGACACAGCAGAUUGUUCGAGAGAGAUAUCGGAGAUUCGUCGUGAUCAAGUCUUCGCAGGACACGCAUAUCGAAGUCAAUAAGGAUGGGUUUGAAUGGCGAACUGCCGAGGAAUUCAGCUUUGGCGACGGAUUCCCGGUGAAGGGUGUUGAUUCAGCAAGGGCUACUCCAGAACCGACAUAAAAUCGGCAUUAUCUGUCGUUGUUAUUAAUAUUUUCAUUUCUAGUACUUGGUGCAAAGAUAAUAAUGUCUCUAAUUUGAAACUGUACAU